UAAUACACCAUUAACAUCAUAAUUUCAUUCCUUGAUCCAAAUCUCAAUAUUUCAUCUCCUUUUUUCUUCAAAAACGCCACAACUAUGGCCGGAGGAAGAUCAAAGUCAAAGGCAUCGAAGAAGAAAGGCCCUACUGAGGCCACAACCUCUACACCUCAACCCUUUCCAUACCUGGAUGGAUCCUUCCUCGAAUUCGGGUCGGAGGAAGAACUCACUCGCUUCCUCACUCACUUUGCCAAGCACCCGAUCUCUCCACCUCGCGUGCUCCCGGAGUUGUUUUUCCCAAGACAAAGGGUACCACGACCUCGACAACCAACUCCAAGCGUCGGGUUUGUGGCCAUUCGUCUCCAAGAGCCGCUCGAGCUUCAAUCCCGCCUUCGUUCGGGCUUUCUACUCCAAUCUCUGCCGUGACGGGGACACCAUUCGCAGCAGCAUCAAUCUCUAUGACAUAGAGAUUGAUUUGCCUACCUUUGCUCGGGUCGCAGGGCUGCCCAUCCGCGGUGACGACAUCGCAACUUAUGGUGGCGACGAUUGGAUCCUCAACAACGAGGCGGUCGUCAUUCGUGAGCUUGGGAUCACCAACUUGAUCCGCCACAGCGGCGCACCGACGAUUCACUCAGCCCCACCGGACAAGCGCCUCCUCCUCUACAUCAUCACCCGGAUUCUCCGCCCCCGGGACAGCAGCCAUACCUCGCUCUUCAACGAGGACUUGAAGGCGAUUCACGCCAUCAUCCACGGCGCCUCCAUCAAUUGGGCGAAAUUCGUGAUGAUCCACAUGGCGGAUUGCGCCUCCAUCGCCACUGAGCGGAGCUUGCCAUACGCCUUCCUCGUCAUGGACCUCAUCAUCUCCGCCGACAUCUCCAUCUCUGGCCCGGAUACGAAGAUGACAAAGAUUUGGAUAAUUCAAGACAGCACCUUCCGGAAGAAGUCCGGAGACCGGGACGGCGCAGGCCCAAGUCGUGCACCAGCCCCCGCUCCCGCCAAGGCCUCUUUGCAAUCCAUAGCCGAUACUCUGAAUCGGCUAACCCUCACAGUGGAUGGCAUGGGGCAGUCAAUCGAGCGGAUGGACUGGACGCUGCAACGCCAACACCACGACAUGACGGCGUUCUUUCGCAGCAUCAACUACGUCCUGCCGCCCUUUGACAGCACCUUCCUCGGCCAAAACUAUGAAGGCGAGGACGAGGAGGAUAACUCCUAUGCUCCAUCCUCCUCCCCCGACGAGGCCGACUUUGAAGAUGCGGUCGACGGCGAUCCCAUGGACGUCGAGGACGACGAGGAUGACGACGAGGACGCCGAUGCUUAGACUUUUCUUUUCUCUUGGUCACUUGUUCUUAACCAGCUCUGUUGUCAUGAUUAUGGCUGGAUUUUAGACUGAUGUCUUUGCCCUCAUGUUUUAUUCGUUUGGUCUACUGCCUGGUAGAUUGUACUAGGAUUGAUUAAAGUCAAAAUCAUAAAUCAGCAAUAGUAAUCCAACGGUCACGGUAGGGGGGUCCCGUCCAUACGGUAGGGAGGUCCGUCUCAGGCCAAAACUCUCUGGCGGUACCUAUCUUAGUACGGUACCCCUUACGGUAGGGGGGUACCGUCCAUACGGUAGGGGGGUCCCGUCUCAGAAUAACUCACGGUACCCCUCACGGUACCUAGGUACCUUGUGACCAUUUUGACAAUUUUUUCAUUUUUGUCCAAAUCAUUUCCAAUUUUGUUUAAAACCUUUUGGAUGUUUGAAAAUGAUUAUAAUGUUAGCCUUGGUUUGCUAAGUCUCAUAUUUUGAUGUUAACAAACAAUAUAAGAGCUUGACGUUUGUUUAAGUGUUUCAGGUACAACAAGAAUCCAUUAAGAUUCGGUACUCAAGAAUGAAGUCGAAACACCAAACUAGGGUAGAAUAUAGGUAGAAACCAAUG